CAAAGCAUGACCGGAAGUGACUGGGAACACGGAAAAAAAACAAUAAAAUCAUCUCGUCGUCGCAGCAUUAACGGAGGAUGGAUGAGCAGCAUAUACAGGCUCGGCUGAUCUCUCUGCUACGGGAUGACGGUGUCCGACUGUGGCUCGAACCCUUCACCACUGACCAGCAGAAGAUACAGGAUCUGGCGGACACGUACGCUUCAGUCACCGAGUUUGCCGUGGAGGAUGUGAGAUCUGCUCUGGAGAUAAUCAGAUCAGACGCUGUGAAGAAAGGUGAAGGAAAUAAAGAGUUUAAAGACACGUGUGUGGCCACGCUGGAGCUACGCCUGCCUAGAGAAAAUGGAGAGAGGAAGGAGAGGAAAGAACAUCAAAAAACCAGACUGGACAUCGCUACCAGAGACCUGAUGGAUCGGAUACGAGAGGAAUACGGAAUCAAACACUUUAAGCUGAUUUUGAAUGGAAGAAAACUGUCUCCAGGGAAAAGGCUGGAUGAACAGAAUGUGAAGAACAACAGCAAGAUCAUGGUGCUGCGCGUGUCGUCCGAAGAGAUGAAGAAUGAACUUCUGGUGGAUGAGGAGAAGAACCGCAGUCAGAAUGAAGGCGUGAAGAGAACGCAGAAGGGUUUCCAGAUCCUCUCAGAGAGAGACGGCAGUGAAGAUCCGGCCAACACUCCCUUUCUAGAAAUCGCCGAUCAGAAAGGAAAUCCACUCCAGAUUCCUGGCAGCGAGAGGAAGGCUCUGAUUUUGGCGAUGGGUUUCCACGAGAAAGGUCGAGCUCUGAUGAAGAGGAGAAAUCACAGCGCAGCUCUCUGUCAUCUGCUAGAAGCUGACGAACAGUUCAACAAGUGCAACUCCACACUGCUGAACACGGUGGAUAAUUACGCCGUCCUGCAGCUGGACAUCGUGUGGUGUUACCGUGCGCUGGAGCAGCUGUCGUGUCUCGAUGACGCCAAACAGAGAUUGCAGCGAGCCGAGAGCUGCUUCCUACGGUGCUACGGAGAACAGCAGAGCAGACUGCAGAAGAUCAAGGGUCACACCGGAGGAGAGGAUGUGUUAUUUUUGAGGCUGCAUCUUCUUCAGUGUUUGCUGUGUUACCUCGAUGGCAACAAGAAAAAAGCAGCUGACAAACUCAUGCAAGUGGAGGAGAUGUACAGUCAGCUGUGUCUGGACCCAGAGAAGAUGAACCAGCUCAUGGCUUUGGGUUUCUCAGAACAGGAAGCUCGUCUGGGUUUGAGAGCCUGUCGAGGAAACAUCGAAGAUGCCGUGCUGCACCUGACGCAGCGGAAUAAGGAAAAGGAGGAGAUGAAGGAGAAAGAGCAUGAGAAGAGAAGAAGCCGGCAGCGGGACAUCAGCACGCUGGUGGAGUUGGGCUUCAGUAAGAGAGACGCGUCUAAAGCGCUGCAUUGCGCCAGAGGAGAUGUGGAUAAAGCUUACGGGAUCCUGUUGGACCGGUCUGAUGAUCAGAGUUCAGACCGACAGGCCAAACUGGAUCAAUUGGUGUCGUUGGGUUUUCAGGUGGAUAUGGCGGAUUUGGCUCUCAGUUUGGUGGGUGAUGAUCUCCCUCAGGCCACACAGAUGCUGCUGGAUCAUCAUGGUGUCGUUUCUCCCGAACUCCUGUCGCCCUCUCCACCCUCAUCCUCCUCCGAAGAGCCCAGCACGUCCUCUGACGCCACGGCGUCCGGUUCCAGUCAUCUGGACGAGGAGCUGGUGAACGAGGUUCUGGAGGACAUCCCGAGACAUGAAGAGGAUUAUCUGGACCUCACGCUGGACGAGGAGACGGUGCUGAUCGCCCAGAUCAGAUCUUACCUGCAGAAAUGACCCGCGCCAUUAAUGCAGAAGAACCGGCAACGUUCCCGAGCAUAAACGACAACAGCAGUUCAACGAAGGUUAUUGAUCUUAUUUUUUUAAUUAAAAAUGUAAAAAGAAGAAACGUUGUUUGAUAUUUAUAUAAUAAUAAUAAUAAUUGAACCAAAAUGGCUUUUGCAAGUAAUAUUUGUAAUUUUCAAGCACGAAGACAUUUUGUAGCUGGCGCGUUUAAUUUCGCUUCACUACGAUUUCGAUUUUAUUUCUAAAAUGUCGUGGCAAACGUUUGCGUUGGUUUCCAUGGCAAUUACACAACGAUUUUGCUUUCAUCUUUAAGUGCUGUAUGCGAAGAUUUCAAUGUUGUAAUUUGUAUGUUCAGAUUCAUGAUUAAAAUGUUUUUGUGUAAAGAUUGACACAUUGUGAACUAUAUUAUUUCCAGAAUGACCCGCACAAACACUCCACAGACUGUGAUUCAGUGUUGGAGAAA